GCAAACCCAUCUUGGACAGCUCCAGCUGUCUAAGCAGAAUACGUAGGAGGAGGAGAGGGCUCGGACAUGGGGAGAUUCCGCGCUGGCCCGUCUGGUAGAGAUCGCUAGUUAUUUUUUUUUGUAUUGAAAAAACCCGAGAGGCCUUAGAACAACAAGCAAGCGACAAAACCCGCAAACUCAUCCCUGGCACAGAACAUUUUAAAAAGAUCAAUGUCCUGAAUGAAGACCGCAUACAACGCCUAUCGAUGCCUGGCCAAGGAUUUGGAUGCUUACGCCAUGAACCCAGAUAUGACAAUGGACAGCAUUGGCAAUCUGCAUGGUGGAGUAAGCCAUGACCAGGAUCUCAUGAGCAGCCACAGUCCUCACCACAAUCGCAACACGGGGGCUUCCUUGCGGAUACACCAGGACCUGGCAGCGGCAUCCUCGCGCUCGGCCAUGGUGUCCAGCAUGGCUACCAUCCUGGACGGGGCUGGAGAGUACCGUCCGGAGCUGUCGCUGCCGCUGCACCACGCCAUGAGCAUGCCGUGCGACUCGUCCCCGCCCGGGAUGGGCAUGAGCGGCACCUACACCACGCUGACGCCACUCCAGCCGCUGCCGCCCAUUUCCACGGUUUCGGACAAAUUCCACCAUGCGCACCACCACCACCACCACCACCACCAGCGGAUCUCGGGCAACGUGAGCGGGAGCUUCACGCUGAUGCGGGACGAGCGGGGUCUACCAGCAAUGAACAACCUCUACAGCCCCUACCAUAAGGACAUGCCGGGUAUGGGUCAGAGUUUAUCCCCCUUGGCCAGCAGUCCCCUGGGCAACGGCUUGGGCUCCAUCCACAGCACGCAGCAGAGCCUCCACAACUACGGCACGCACGGCCACGACAAGAUGCUGGGCUCCAACUUCGAGGCGCACACCGCCAUGCUGGCCAGGGGGGACCAGCACCUCUCGAGAGGCCUCGGCGCUCCCACGCCAGGUAUGAUGCCACAUCUGAACGGGAUGCACCACUCCGGGCAUCCGGGCCACCCUCAAUCCCACGGGCCCGUGUUGGCCUCCAGCCGGGACAGACCGCCCUCCUCCUCUGGAACGCAGGGUGGCAGCGCGGGGCAGCUCGAAGAGAUCAACACCAAGGAGGUGGCGCAGAGGAUCACGGCGGAGCUGAAGCGCUACAGCAUCCCGCAGGCCAUCUUCGCGCAGCGCGUGCUGUGCCGCUCGCAGGGCACCCUGUCCGACCUGCUGAGGAACCCCAAGCCGUGGAGUAAACUUAAAUCGGGGAGGGAGACUUUCAGAAGGAUGUGGAAGUGGCUGCAGGAGCCCGAGUUCCAGAGGAUGUCGGCCCUCCGGCUUGCAGCAUGCAAAAGAAAAGAGCAAGACCCAAGCAAAGAAAGGAGCAAUACACCAAAGAAAUCUCGCCUGGUUUUUACUGACCUCCAGCGGCGUACACUUCUGGCCAUCUUCAAGGAGAACAAACGCCCUUCCAAGGAAAUGCAGCUGACCAUUUCUCAGCAGCUUGGCUUGGAACUGACCACUGUUAGUAACUUCUUCAUGAAUGCCAGGAGGCGGAGCUUGGACAAAUGGGUGGAUGAGGGGAGUCCUGGGGCGGCAUCCUCUGCUUCCAGUACUUGUACCAAAGCGUGAUUAUGGGAUGGGGGGGUGGGUAGGGGCUGGAUGUGGGGUCCGGUCAGUUCUCCAGGGCUCUACACGGGAUGGGUGGAAGUACCACUCGAAAACCAACCUUUUUUAAAACUUCACUUUUGAGGUUGAGGAAAGGGAAGGGAGCUGUUUACUGGCAAAUUAAGAAAGAUAACAUUGACCACCUACAUCAUCACAUGUUGACCAAGCCCUAACUGACCUCUGGGCAAAAGCCUCUUGCACACUGCCUGAAAAACUCAACAAAUGCAAGUAUUCACUAUUAAGCGUUUCAUUAAGUAGAUUAUAUGCAAAAAGUUUUUAGUUAAAUUACUUUUAUAUUAUGUUCCAUUUAAUUUGAAACUCAGUCAAGAAAACAUAGCACUUACUAUAUUGCCUGUUUUGCUUCUCAAUUAUUACUCAGAUUUUCUGAUUGCAUUCUGGCCUUUUUGUUAUUCCAUCCACAGAAUGUAAUGCAUUGUCGGUGCACAUUUAUUUGUCAAUUCAAUUGAAACAUCAGUGAAGUUAUCUCAUUGUUUUUUUUCCAAGACGGCAUUAAUAAUUAAUAACUCUGUUUGAAAGCUAUUACCAAAACAUAAGAGCUUUGAUUUGAAUCCAAAUGUGGUAACAUUAAUUUUACUGACAAAUCAAUGUAAUUUCUUUCCCUUUAUAUAUAUAUAAAAUUAUCAUUUUCUAAGUAGAUGUGCAAGCAGGCUUCAAGGAAACUCCUGAUGUCUAAGCAUACUUUUAAUAAUAUUUUGAAACCAACUUUUUAGAAGCCAGCAUGAACAUUAGAGUAUAGAAUUAUUAUAGCAACAUCAGUUCUACUUUCUUAACAAAGGAGGGAGCAUGGAGCUCUGCAGCCAGCAGGGUUAAACCACCAAAAACAGACAUUUUCAGUGUCAGGUACUGGCAGGGAUGCAAGCACAAAUCUCACAGAUUUAAAUAUUGCCUGUAUUCAGGAAAACACGUGUGCAUGUACACUGAGUCGUAAGGCAUACGGCCAGCAUCACGUGCUCCUUUAUGAGCUGGCAAAGUAUGUGAGCACAAUCUUGAAGCACAUUUCCUUUGCAAUAGAAAUGGGUCUGCUUGAUGCAGAAUGUUCUUCAUAUUUUAGAAUUCUCAGGAUGCCAUUUCUAUGAAGCGACUGAAGAACACCCACAAAUCCCCCUCCCUCGUACACAAAAGAUACACGCACACACACGGGACAGACAGCAGAAAAUGUGAUGCUUAAUCCACACCCACCUCAAUCACUGAGAUUCAAGUCAUUCCUGAGCAAACACUGCUGUAUUGCAUUUAACCAUUAGAAAAACUCAGAGAUCCAUCUUUAUUUGUCUAUUAAUUCAUCCAUUUUUAAAUGAAUCUUGGCUGUACUCACAGUCCUAUAGAACUGAGCAGCCAUUCCAUGAACAAUGAGUGUAGCUGAAACCCACAGCUUAUACAAUUAAGCUCCUUUAAAAUGAGUUUGCUUAGCCUUGUGUGGCUUUUUUAGCAGAAAUGAAGACAAUCUCCUCGGCAAUUUGGCCAUAUUAAUCUUUAAAGGUUACUCAAAUAAUGGAAAAGAAAGAUGUUCAGCAUUUUUGCACUGAAGAUGUCAUCUUUGCAAAUGGAAAGAACUGGCUGCAUUGAACCAAAACACUGACCGUCCCCUCGCUUUGGUGGAAAUCUUCACUUCACUAUUUCCAUUACACUUGAUCUGAGGGAGUAUUAAAUUAUGAAGGUAAAAUAGUUAUGUUUGCCAGUACACGAGAUCCUCCACCUGACUGAUUUUAUGUAGCAUUAAAUCAUGGCAAAGACCAACAAUCCAUAAACAAGUCAAACAAACAAGGGUUAGAUUCUUGCCAGUAAGCAGCUCCUCCCUGGAACCCUGAUAUCCAUGAUGUAGAAGCCAAAGGCUUGAAGGUCGCUUUGUGGACUCUUAAGACUUUUUCUAUUUAUUAAUGAAUCGAAACCAAAGAAAGUUUUUUCUGCACCUAACUGCUCUGCAACAAACUGUUAGGAAGAAGAAGAUGAAGAGUAGAAUUCUAACAGCAAUGACUGUGAUGAUGGAGAGGGUGAAAGAGAAAGGCUUUGUUCCGCCUGAACGCGUCAGAUAUUUUCGAGGAAGCAGAUUGACUCAAAAGGGUGAAACGUGUUGAGGCCGCGUCGCAGCGCCAGCGGCUUCUCCAGAGUUCCGUGUCUCUCAGAGUUGAAGAUUGUCUUUAACGUGUGCCUAUGCAGUUUUUCAAGAAAAUGGAAACGAACAACAAAAACCUCAUCAGCUACAAAACCAAAGAUUCCUGGAUAUUCCUACAGCAAUUUUUUCCUCUUUUUUGUGUUUUUUUUUUUCCCCAGUGCAUUGUUUGACCUCUUUACAGGUAAUUCAUUUGAACUGGCUCUUCACAACAACACACACAUACGCAGAAGUAUAUAGUUAAAAAUAUUUCUUCAUAAGAUACCUUCUUUCCAACCAUGUAAUUCUGGGAUUCAGCACGCAUUUGAAACACAGCAUAAGAGAUGUGUUCAUUCUCAAAGUUCUACUGAAACGUAAAUAACAAACGGAAGUCUUUCAGUAGUCCAUAAUGACCGCAGUAAAUUAAGGCAUGGCUUCCCCUGUAAACUUCCAGUUUUAUAUUUGUUGACUAUUGCUGUACACUUUAUUAUGAAAAUAGAUUACAAAGAUUUUCUUUGUAGUACAUGAUGAGAAUAAUUGUCCAAUUCUCUAAGAAACCCUGUCUUUUCAAAUCUCUUUUUAAUUUUUAGUUAGAACGUUUUAACUGAACAAAUUAUACAGUAUUGAAAAUUAGUUUCAGUUCAAAACUGUUACCGGCUUUAAUGAAAACACACUUUGAUGGAACUGGGAAAAUGAUUAAAUGAAUAUCCACCCUAUAUCAGGAACAGUAUAUCCAGUUCAAGAUCUCAGUAUUGUACAAUGAAACUUAGGAAACACAGGGCAUAAGGAAGGACAAUCUCACACAGUCACAGACUAAGGGUAGAUUUUACAUUCACACACUAACAGCUAACAAGCCCCCCGAUCUUUGAGAGGAUACCCAUGCGAUUAGGACACAGAAUGAGUUUUGGACCCAAGAUCUGAAACCACAGCGCAAGAAGCCAGUGUAUCCCCAUCACACUCAAAAUGAAUACUAAAUUUAUAUUGUUGUAUUUAUUAAGAAUGAAAAUUAUCCCAAAUAAGAGGUGCAAAUUAAGAAAUACAAAGAACAGGAGAGCAGCAAAACAGUAGAAAUGCACUUCAUUUGGUUUAAAAAACAAAUGUCUGCUGUAAAUUAAAACAAAGAUUGAACUGUUGCAUAAUCACACAAUUGUCUAUCGUGUUUCAUAGCAUAUGAGACAGGUCUGCAAAUCCUCCAUUAAUUUUCAGUAGCAUUUACCUCUGUCACAACUGUUCUAAGUAUUAGCAGAAGUUUAUGACUUUGGGUCUGCGGUUCAAAAUUUGCCUCUUUUGUCUGCACCGUGUUUUCUCUGUUCACAUGCUACCAGAUUUUACUUUUGUGCUGAAUCCCUCUUACCAUGUUUGGAAAUGAGCCAGGGUCGCCUUUUGUCUCAUCUUACGGUUUAUUAAACUCUCAAAAAAAAGCCAAAAAUAACAUGACAUACUAAAAAGAAACAACGAAAUGAAUAGUUCAUCUGUUGGGAGGAAACUGCUCGAAAAUCGGUCAAAUAGCUUUAUCCUAUAGAUUUCGCUCUUUGAAGCUUGUGAUCCAAAGAUCCUCUGCUGACCAUGCCUGCCCAGUUCACACAGGGCCUCAGCCCUCUUUGAGUGAACUUUCUCAAUGAGCUCUGGUCUCGAGGAACAUUUGCCAACUAAUGAUGUGAAAUGAAAUCAAAGGUUUUCAUUGCCUGUCUCGGUACUUGCCAGUACUCAGAACAUGCAUAUGUACAAUUAUUUUCUCUUUAUUAGAGGUUGCAAUAUAUAAUUUAUUUAUGUAAUU